AUGAAGAGCCGCGUGCGUCAAGCUGGAGGAGUUGGAGUCGUCAUUGUUAUCUUGGUGUACACCUGCAUUUUUCUGGCCAGACAUUUGACAGCGCGUGCUUCGUCUCAUGAAGGAGUCGCAGUUGAAAAGGUCUUCAAGAGGCUGGACAGCUUUGAACAGACUCUCCACCGACUGGAAAAACUGAUGGAAGAAGCAAGCGUUCACAACUCCGUCAACAAACCUGCUCCUGACGCCAUCCAGCACAAAACGAAGGUCCUGACGCCCAAGUUGUACCCAAACUCCUUCUUGUUCGCCAAGUGGGGUGAAGGCCUGUCGGAGAAGGAGCAGAAGGAGGCGGAAUCGCUCUUUCGGGUUUAUGGCUACAACGUGUUCCUCAGUAACCGCUUACCGCUCGACCGCAAGCUUUCGGACAUGAGAGACCCCAGAUGUCUGGCGAAGACCUACCCCAAAGACCUGCCCAGCAUCAGUGUGGUGCUCAUCUACUUAAACGAAGCUCUUUCAGUCAUUAAAAGAGCCAUCAGAAGUCUCAUGUCACACACACCGCGGCAUCUACUCAAGGAAAUCGUUCUGGUGGACGACCACAGCACUUACAAUGACCUCGGAAGACCAUUACAAGACUACAUUGACGGAAUCCACAAAGACAAGCCUGGACUGAUAAAGAAAGUAUGGCAUCAACGUCAAAUGGGCCUGUCACAAUCACGGAUCUCGGGUUGGAAACGGGCGACGGGAGAUGUGGUGGCCAUUUUGGAUGCUCAUGUUGAAGUCACCCAAGGCUGGGCCGAACCUCUCCUGUCUCGGAUCAAAGCUGACAGGACGGUGGUGGUGUCCCCCGUCUUCGACAAAAUCCAUUUUGAUGACUUCUCCGUGGAAAAGUACCUCUCUGCCGCGCAAGGCUUCGACUGGCCUCUGUGGUGCAUGUACGAGUCCUUCGAUGCUGAGUGGUUGAUGGGGAACGACCAAUCGCGACCUGGAAAGAGUCCUUCCGUCAUGGGGAUAUUCGCAGCACACAGAGAAUUUCUGGGAGAAAUCGGAGGGCUCGAUGGAGGCAUGGCAGUGUACGGCGGAGAAAAUGUUGAACUCGGGAUUCGUGUUUGGUCGUGUGGGGGAAGCGUGGAGGUGGUGCCGUGCUCCAGGAUAGGUCACAUAGAGCGCUCGCAUAAACCCUACGCACAAGACCUGGCUCCUUUGAUGCGGAGGAACGCCCUGCGGGUGGCCGAAGUAUGGAUGGACGAAUAUAAGAAGAACGUGAUGAUCGCGUGGAACCUUCCUCUUCAGGAUCAUGGAAUUGAAAUUGGUGACGUCGCAGAGAGGAAGAAGCUGAGGGAAAGGUUACAGUGUAAACCAUUCAAGUGGUACCUUGACAACGUGUAUCCGGGUCUGGCCACAUGGGAGGACUUGCUGGGGUACGGGGUGAUAAGAAACAGCCUCCUGAGGAACUUCUGUGUGGACCAAGGCCCCACACCGGGAAGCAUCCCCAUCCUCUACGGGUGCCACUUCCAACAACCGCAACAUUGCUACUACAAUCGAGAUGGUGAAAUCAUCAUUGGUGGCCUCAAAUCUCACAAAUACAACCAAAACCGUUGCCUUGUUGAUCCGGGCUCAGGAAGCACCCCGACCCUGCUGGAUUGUAAACUGGCCAAGCAAAACCAGAAACACAUGCACUGGGACUUUGAACAGGGCAAACAAAUCCAAAACAAAGCAACUAAGAGGUGUUUCGAGAUCGGCCGGGGAGAAGACCAGGUCCACGUGCUCAUCAUUCAACGAUGUACCGGACAGAGCUGGACCAUUGAACACCUCAUUCCUAAUCUUUAGUUCAGUAAUACUGUAUUUGUGUCUGUAUCUGUGGUUUGAGUCAUAUUCUUGCCAGGAAACAACAGUGUAUUUGUAAUAUUCAGGUUUCCGCCUUUAUAAUGGCUGGCGACAUCCAAGCUCAAGUAUAGAAAUACUUCCAAGUGAGCGAUCAGACUGUGUAGAUGUCCCAUCCAGAUACAUACUGUGGUUCAUGUUCUUGUUUUCUUUGUU